AUGUCAGCGGUGGCCGUUGGGGGAGGAGGCUCCUCCUGUUUAGGUGCAGCAGCGGCCGCCAGUUGCAGCUCCGCCGCCGGCUCUUCGUACGCCGCGGGAGCCGGGGGAGGCGCCGGGGUGGCCGGGAGGCUGCCGGCCCGCGUCCUGGAGCACGUCUUCUCCUAUCUCGAGCUGUCCGACCUGAUCCAGUGUUCGCUGGUCUGCUGGCACUGGAAUAACAUCCUGGCGGACGAGAACAGCGAGGUGUGGCGCAGCCUGGCUAGCCGGACUCUGAGCGACGAGGCACUGCGGUCUGACAUCCUGUGCAACCUGCUCUCAUUCAAAGGGAAACUCAAGGCCUUCCAACACGCUCUGAGCUCCCACGACUGCUCCCGCAACGUUUACGUGAAGAAGAACGGCUUCACCCUGCACCGGAACCCCAUCGCCCAGAGCACAGAUGGGGCCCGUGGCAAGAUCGGCUUCUCAGAAGGGCGGCACGCCUGGGAGAUCUGGUGGGAAGGCCCCCUCGGCACGGUGGCGGUGAUAGGGAUCGCCACAAAGCGGGCAGCAAUGCAGUGCCAGGGCUAUGUGGCCCUGCUGGGCAGCGAUGACCAGAGCUGGGGCUGGAACCUGGUCGACAAUAACUUGCUUCACAACGGGGAGGUCAACGGAAAUUUCCCACAGUGCAACAAUGCACCCAAAUAUCAGAUCGGGGAGAGAAUACGAGUGAUCUUAGACAUGGAUGACAAGACUCUAGCCUUUGAGAGGGGCUUUGAAUUCCUUGGAGUUGCGUUCCGUGGAUUGCCCAAAACCUGCCUGUUCCCCGCUGUCUCUGCAGUGUAUGGCAACACUGAAGUCACCAUGGUGUAUCUGGGGAAACCUCUGGAUGGUUAA